AUGUCAAACCCUGUGGUGACCCAUCAGCCUGGUGCAGGUGGAUAUGGGACAAAUGUUCAGACAGGGGAGUGGAGCACGGGCUUGUGCUCCUGCUUUAAUGACUGCCUCAUCUGUGCCUUGGGUUUUUUCUGUCCAGCUGGACUGUCCUGCUACACAGCACACAAGUAUGGAGAAAACUUCUGUUUGGGUUGUGUACCAGGGGGCAUGACAGCCAUGAGGACUCAUAUGAGACUCACUUAUGGUAUUCAGGGAACAGUAUGCAACGAUGCCAUUAUGGUCUUUUGCUGCGGACUUUGCGAAAUGUGCAGGAUGGCUCGGGAAAUCCGCAUCAGAAAUGGAGAAGUGUCUAUUUAA